AUGUCUUCCUAUCUGUUGGCUGUUAUCGUCUCUGAAUUCGAGUACAUGAGGGGUUCACGAAAUCGGUUCCGAAUAUGGUCACGUCCAGAGGCGAAGGAUAUGACACACUACGCUCUAGAUGCUGGAAUCAGAUGCUUGGAAUUCUACGAGAACUUCUUUAAUAUCAAAUUUCCUUUGAAAAAGCAAGAUAUGGUUGCCGUUCCCGAUUUUUCGGCUGGUGCUAUGGAAAACUGGGGUCUCAUCACUUAUAGAGAAACUGCCUUGCUUUACGAUGAACGAUUGUAUGCGCCGCUGAACAAACUUCGAGUGGCUCAUGUGGUUGCUCAUGAACUUGCUCAUCAGGUUUGA